GGUGUUUACCCAAGAUCCUACAGAUGCUGUUGAUUUCCAUGUAUGCCAUGGCUGCGACGGCCACGCUUCAUCAAAGGCCAUGGUGACCAUCGACAAGGAGCCAGGAUCCUUGGCAGGAGCUUCAGCCUCCAUCCAGGCUGCAGCCAGGAGUGCAGAACAAGAUGACUUGCCGACUUUUGGGACCCCCCCUGGCAAGUCGCCGACAAUGGCAUGGCAGGAGAACACGGAUGAGUCAGGUGGAUCGACUCAGCCCGCAGUCUCGCCAGGCUCGGACGGCAUUGUGGCUGCCAUCAAGAACCUCACAGCAGGUAGACCGGCAGCGGCUGUAAAAAUCCCGGGUUUGAGAGCAAGUUGUCACUGUGGCGGAGUGCCACACAGUGAGGUGCUACGGUGGUGGAGUGAGGUGUCCAAUGAGAUCCAACUCAUCACAGAGGCAGUCGAUGCCAAGCUAGACCUGUGGAGAGCUCGAAUGACCGAGAAAGACCAGGUCAUUAAGCGGCUCUAUGUGAAAGUGAAACAACUUUCAGAGUCGGCCAAGAGCCCCAUGCCAGCGGUGACGCAGACAGGAACGCGAAGCCCUUUGAGGGCCGCCACGCGCAGCGGGCGCAUCGCGCCAGCGUCUCCGUCCAAUCAUCCGCGGGCGCUCUUGGCAGCUCAGUCGGUUGAUGGCCUACAGUCUGUUGGAGGCCUCGGGACUGGCACACGGCCUUCUGGUCGCUCUGGGUCCCUGAGCCCAUCAGGCCGGCCACUGCUAGGUGGAGAUGGCUUGAACGGCCGGGGUGCGGAGGUCCGACCAACACCAGCGCCACCGAUGCAGUCAUCAAACGUGGCACGAAAGCCGCAGAAGCGUGAAGCUGCUGAGCGGGUGCAGAUUUUGUAUCUCCGCCAAGAAGUCGCGCAACUGCGUCGGCAGAAUGUGGAGCUACAGAACCAGGUCCGGGCAGGUGAUCUUCAAGUGGAGAACUUGAGCGGACUGGUCAAGGACUUGCAGGACUCGCAACGGAGUCGGACCACCUCCGCCUCGACGUCCACAGCAGCACCGGGUCAACCUGGAGCUCUUCCGCUGCAAGCGGGUCCCAGCAGCGGGGCAAGCACACCUGUCGUUGCCAUGCCAGUGGUCGGGUCACCGACAAGUGUCAACAGUGCAGGUCAGCCUUUGGCACAGCCAAUUGCAGAGGCACAGGCCAGAACGUAUGGCCAGCGACGUUUGUCCAUGGACGGCCAGUCUGGUGUGAUCGUGGCAUCACGCACCUCCGCUGUGAACCAGGCGCAGAGAUAUGCACGCCAGGCAGAAGCAGGUGAGCGCGGAUCAGCCUCCCGACCCUCAAGCGCCUUUCAGAGACACAAGGAGCAGAUGGCCUCCAAUCGGCGCAUUAUCGUGGCGGCCCCGACCCAGGCACAUCAUGCAACUGCUGGCAGUCAAAUGGCUCGGAUGUUCUCUCCAAGGAGUCGACAGAUGCAACCGACACGAAGUGUGGCGAGUUGCGCCGCUCUGCGAGAGCCAGCGGCCUUGCGCGAGCCGGCUGCCAGCAUUGCACAAGCUGCUCAGGCAGUGGCAACGCAAAGUGACAGCCAAUCACAGCAGGUGCGACCCACCGCUGUGGCCGGACCGCACCUCGCAGGCUUCGGCUCGAGCGGCUUCCGCUCGGCCUCAGUGGACCAGAGAGCUCGAACACGAAUUAGCACUGCCAGGCGAUCUUUACGCCGCCACUGAGUGGGUCGCACCUGGGUGAGUUCGGGUGCGCGCCAG